UUAUGCCUAUUCUUUUUAGCUUCUUUAAAUUCUUUUAAGUUUGUAAUUAUUUGCGAAUAAUUAUUGUUACAAGUGUUAAAACAGAACGCACGUCAGUACAGUCUAAAUUCAUGUAAAGGACUUACAAUGGAAAAUUCAUGAAGUCCAGAAUCAUUCAAUUGUUUUAAUAUGUUUCCUCAUAUCCUUAACUUAAGGUAAUAACCUAUGUGUUAAUGAAAAUUUAUCUUCCACGUUAUAAGUAUCAAGAAUGUUACAAAAUUAAUACCAAUGAUUCACACAGUGAAACCAAUAUUUAGAUAUGAUUGCGAUAAAACGACACAUGUUAAGAUGCAUCAAAAAAUUUAUGUCGCGUCACCUUUCUCGACACAUAUCAAACAUGCCGAUUGACGAUAAGAAAAUUAAGAGCACCGAUAAAGAUCAAAAAUGUAAAGCAAAAGCUGGUGUUUGCGACACGAAAAAACCUGAAUUCAGUAGUUACGAUUACUUUCUACCGGAUCGCAAAGGUGACGUGCAAGUUUCUAUAAUUGGAGGCAGCGAUGCGACAAUUUAUACGGCAGCACUUUUAAAACAAUCCCGUUUAAUAAAACGAAUACAUUUGGUAGACAUGAAUGAUUUAUUUAUGAGUCCAGUUUUAGAUGCCAGUCAUAUCGACACGUCAGCUCGGUUAAAGUGUUUUAAAAGGAAAAACUUGAAAGAAGCUUUGAAGGAAACAAAUAUUAUCGCCUUAAUGGACGAGAGGAACGUAAAUAUGGACUGCGAUUUAAAUAUCGCAGCGCAGUUUGGAGCUGCAUCAGCGUAUGUGCAUAAAAUGGCUGAGAAAAUGGUACAGUUCUGUUCGAAUUCUUUGGUAGCCGUUUUUGCUCGACCAGUUACAGCAACACUUCCGAUGGUCUCGGAGAUCUACAAACAUGCUAAAUGGUGGGAUCCAGACCGAAUCAUUGGUUCUACUGCCCUAGAUCAUAUGCGAAUGGAAGCGAUUACCGCGAACCUGUUAGAUUUGAAUCCUGCUUUUUUAUCGGUUCCAGUAGUCGGUGGAGCAGAUACGAGUACUAUCGUGCCGCUUCUAUCACGAACUACUCCCGCCAGCGGAUUCACUAACGAACAGACAGAAUUAUUGUUAAGAUCCUUUCGUAAUGCGGACAGAGAAUUAGCAAACAGUGGAUCCAAAGGAUCAUUGUCUGACGCAGCGGCUGCUGCUAAAUUGAUUCUCACACUUGCCGGUGGACUUUGCGGAUUCGAAAAUAUCGUUGCUUCUGCUUAUGUACGAUCGAACGUGUUACCAGUAUGCCGGUUUUUUACGAGCCAAUUACAAUUUGGCACUGGUGGUGUGAAAAAGAAUUUUGGAUUGCCUAAAAUGUCAUCUUCGGAAAUAUUACUUGUCGAACAAGCGAUUCCUGUGAUAAAUGACUGCAUCGAAAUGGCUGCAAAGGCGGUUCACUGCAACGGAGACGUCAUAAUGAAAAAUGCGUAAAUUACCUUGAAUGUUCAUUACAGAAAGUAUAUUUUCCUAUGCAAUAAAAAUAGUAACAUUAAAGUAUCGAUCUCUAAGUAAUCGAGUAGAACACGUCAGCUCUAUUUAUGUAUCUUACAGAACAUAUUCCUAAAUACUUACAUAUAUGUCAUGUUCAUCGUUGUAAUAAAAGUUUUACUAAUAUUUAA